GCGUUGUGAUGGAGGGAAGUAUUUAAGCCGGUAGUCGCUGGGUGUCUGCGUCAAAACAAACCUCCGGAGUCCGGGUCGUCGACGCCUCCUUCAGCAGCUGGCUCUUUAUAUCCAUCAUUCUCGGCGAUGCUCUCCUGACUGCCUCACCUGCCAGAAUUAUGGGGGACAAGAAAAAUUCUCUCCCACCGCUAAGGAAGAACUCGAAGAAAGGCCAAAAGCCACAAACUCAAGGUGCUGGGGGAGUGGAAGGAGGCAAUGGCGAAUUAGGUGAAGCUGGGCAGACUUCAAAGAACCGUAAAUUAGCUGCUAUUCGACCUCGCAUUUCAAUUGAAGAACUGAGGAAUGUGUUCAAACGGCAGGCAUCUCUUAGUCAGGAAGGAGGGGACCCUAUCUUCGACCCCAUGGCUAAGGCUCAAGAAGCUAUGAAAAUGGUCCGGGGAAAGACGGGCGUGGUAUACGAUGAGAGCAUGACCAAGCACCGCUGUCUCUGGGACGAGAAAAACCCGGAAUGUCCUGAGAGGCUACUAUGUGCUCUGGACAGGUGCAAAGAGCUGGGACUGCUUAGUCGGUGUGAGCACUUGGUGCCUCGUGCUGCAACGGAAGAGGAAGUAUUGAAGAUGCAUUCCCCUACACACCUUGCCCUCCUGUGGAGUACCAAGGGGGAGACUGAUAAAAGCAAACUUGAGGAACUCUCCUCUCAUUUUGAUUCCAUUUACCUUCAUCCAUCAACCUACGAGACGUCGCUUCUUGCUGCUGGAUGUGCUAUAGAUCUAGUGGAUGCUGUAGCUUCAGGAAGAUUACAAAAUGGCUUUGCUAUUGUCAGACCACCCGGCCAUCAUGCUAUGGAGUCAGAAAUGUGUGGGUUCUGCUACAUAAACAAUGCAGCGUUGGCAGCUCGGCAUGCCUUGGAGAAGCAUGGAUUGUCACGCAUCCUCAUAGUUGACUGGGACAUUCACCAUGGGCAGGCAUCACAAUAUGCAUUUUACUCAGAUCCCAGGGUGCUCUACUUCUCUAUUCACCGGUAUGAGAAUGGGAGCUUUUGGCCACACCUACGGGAAAGCAACUACAACUAUAUAGGUGAAGGAGCCGGCCUGGGGUUCAACUUCAAUGUUCCACUCAACAAAACUGGCAUGAGGAAUGAAGACUACUUAGCCAUUUUCCAUCAAAUUCUUCUUCCUGUGGCUUAUGAGUUCAGCCCUGACCUCAUCAUAGUAUCAGCAGGAUAUGAUGGUGCAAUUGGAUGUUCGGAGGGAGAGAUGGAAGUGUCACCAGGUUUCUAUGCCCACCUCACCUCUAGUCUAAUGACACUGGCUCAGGGAAGAGUGGCAGUAAUUUUUGAGGGAGGAUAUUGCUUGGACUCCUUAGCAGAGGGUACGGCGAUGACGCUCAGUGCGCUACUUGGUGACUCGUGUCCUGUAUUGCUGGAUCCAAUCAUGGAACCUUCUCCCAGCUUGCGUGAGUCACUUCUGAAUCUUAUCUACGUUCAACGAGCAUAUUGGAAAUGUUUCCAGUACCAGGGGUCAUUUUCGACACGAGAAGAGUCCAGCGAGUCCAUCAAAGACAGACAUACGCCUUCUCUAACAUUUUUUGGACACGAUGUCAGACCUCUCACAUUUCAAACAAGAGACAUCCAUAAUGAGCAAUCAUCUGAGUUUUUGGAGAGAAUUAGGUUAAAACUGACUCAGUUAAAACAAAAAGAGAGGACUAAACCUGUCCCAAAAAAUAGGCUCUGCUUGGUAUAUGAUGAAGAAAUGAGUAAUCACAAAAGCUUGUCUGAGCUUGAACAUCCAGAAAGACCUGAAAGGACAAAAAAAAUCUGGGAAUACUUGAAGCGUUAUGGCAUCAUAGAGAGAGCAUCAAUUCUUCAGUCGCGACGAGCAACUCGGGAAGAAGUGACACUUGUACACACCACAGACCACGUGGACUUCAUGUUUAACAUGGGAUCUUUAAGUGAUGAGGAACUAAAGUCUCUGCAGGAUAAGUACAAGUCUAUUUACUUCCACUCUAUGAGCAAUGAUGCUGCUCUACUGGCUGUUGGUAGUCUUCUGCAGGUUGUGGAUAGUGUGUGCAGCGGUAUGACAGCCGGUGGCAUUGGUGUGGUGCGUCCGCCUGGGCACCAUGCUGAAAGGAACCAUCCUUAUGGCUUCUGUUUUUAUAACAAUGUUGCAGUUGCUGCCAAGUAUGCUCUCAAACAGUAUGGAUACCAACGUGUGUUAAUCUUGGACUGGGAUGUCCAUCAUGGCAAUGGAAUCCAGCAUUCUUUUGAAUCCAAUCCACAAGUCCUCUACAUAUCCAUCCACCGCUACGACCAUGGUCUCUUCUUUCCUUCUUCUGAAGAUGCCAACUAUGACCAAGUUGGCACUGGAGCCGGGGAAGGAUACAAUGUCAACAUCCCAUGGAACAAGGUACCUAGACAGGAAAGGCUGGUGAGUGGUAUGGGAGAUGCUGAAUACAUCUCAGUGAUGCUGCAGGUGGUGUUGCCCAUUGCCUACCAGUAUGAUCCCCAGCUGGUCCUGGUCUCAGCUGGCUUUGAUGCUGCUCGCGGUGACCCACUGGGAGGAUGCCACGUCACCCCGGAAUGUUACGGACAUAUGACACAUCUUCUAUCAAGUCUAGCUGGUGGUAAAAUUGUGAUGGCACUUGAAGGGGGCUAUAACCUCAACACCAUCAGCUACUGCAUGACUAUGUGUGCUAAGGCACUCUUAGGUGACCCACUGCCCAUGCUAGACGCAUCACUUGUCCCAAAUAAAGGCGCUGUGCAGACCAUCAAUGACGUUAUUAAGACUCACUCAAAAUAUUGGUCUGCUCUUUCCUUCCAGGUUGAGCUGCCAUUAGAGGAUGUUCUUUGUCAAGGAUUUGGAGGUGGAGCACAAGCAGUUGAAUCUGGGGCAUCAGGUUCAGAGGCCUCAUCAUCUUCCACUACCUCUCCUGUCUCAACUCCAUCCACAAGUACCCCUCCAUUUAUCACUGCUCCUUCUUCACCAGAAAAGACCAAAGAGAAGAUUCUAUGUGAUGGUGCAGCUUCUAUUCUUGUGGGGUUUAAUGAAACUGAAACCAAAUCACAUUCAGAAAAAAUGGAAGUGAAUUCAAGCCCUCAAGUUUCUGUAAGAUCACGAACUGCCGAUAAAGAGAAUCUUUCAGUUGAUAGAAAGAAGAAUGGUAUAAAGAAUGCAAAAGGUUCUGAUAUAAAUCUUAAUGCUGUUAAAGCGCCACCACAGACAAAAAUUAAUCAGAGUUCUGCAAGUAGACAAUCUAAGAAGCCAAGUGGUAGAUCAGGUAAACAAGAAGCUGAUAGUGUAAGACAAAAAAUAUCACGAACUCCUACACGUUCCAGAAGAUCUUUGGGUGAAGGAGCGUUGCGUGCUGCUGCAGACAGCAUUGAUAAGAUAAAGCGUUCAACUGCAAUUAUAUCCAAUGAGGAGUACUGUGAGAUUAGCAGUGGGGAAUAUAUGCAAGGUCCCGGAAAUAUUAAAGCAAUCAUUGAACGAUGUAGUGAGCUGCAAUUGUUAGAGACGUGCACUAGACUUCAGCCAAGACCUGCCACUGAGGCAGAGAUAUUGGCUGUUCACAAAGAGGAAACACUUAAGAACAUCCCAGGAGGUACAAGAAAGGGCAUCUAUCAUCCUGUAAUUGGAGAUGAUAUCUUGACUGCUGCUGGAAGUACAGUGGAAUUGAUUCAAGAAAUUGUAUUAGGCAAAGCUCAAAAUGGUUUGGCUAUUAUACAGUCUUCAGGUCAUUUGGUGUCAGAAAAUAAUGCAACUCCCAACACCCAUUUGAAUAACACUGCUAUUGGAGUUCGCUUUGCAUUAGAUAACUUGGGACUUAGUCGGGUGCUAAUAAUUGAUUGGGAUGGCCAGCAUGAGAUUAAUACCCAGCAUCUCUUCUAUGGUGAGCCACGAGUCUUGGUGUUUUCUAUGCACCUACACAGCAAUCAACACCCAGAGGAAAAUGUAGCGGGUGAAACAGGAGAACUAGAAGAUGACAGUUAUAAUUUUAAUGUCAAGCUAAACUGUCCCAUCUUUCGGAGUGAAGAUUAUUAUUCAGUCUUUCAUCAGCUGCUUCUACCAGUAGCAUAUGAAUUUUCUCCAGAAUUAGUCAUUAUCUCAGCUGGAUAUGAACUAUCGCUACACUCUGGACAUUUUCAUCCGGUAAUUUAUUCACAUCUAACAGGUUUGCUGAUGCCAUUAGCACAGGGCAAGAUUGCAGUGAUAAUAGAGGUUGGAAGAUGCAAAAAUCCUUUGGCAGAAGGAGUGGCCGCCACAUUACGUGUACUCAAGGAUGAGCCCUCUGAACCCAUGGCAUUUCCAACAAGUGAUUACUCCUCAGAAGCAAAGCAAGCAAUUAUUAAUGUAAUAAGUGCACAGAGAGCUAAAUGGGGCAGCUUAAUGCGUCAUGCUCAAACUUCAGCUGUUGCAUGUAAACCAAAAGUGAACUCUUCUCCCAUCAUCAAGCCACAGGAAGAGCACUACUUCCAACUCCAAAGACUGGGUGGGAAUAUCCCAAGGCCAAAGCAUACAGUAUGUCUUGUUUAUGAUGACUUAAUGAUGGAACACUUCAACUAUGAAGAUGAGACAUAUCCUGAGAGGCCAGAGAGAAUAAGCUCAAUUUAUAAGUGCUUGCAAGAGUUUGGCAUUGUUGGCCGAUGUCAUCAGAUCAAGGCAAGGAUAGCAUCAGAAAGUGAACUGGAAACUGUACAUAGUUCGAAACACAUCAACUUCAUGUCAUCCCUGAAUGCUAAGAAACCUCAAGAUCUUCAGUACUUGCAGAAUAAAUAUGAUUCCAUCUAUCUUCAUCGCCGCACCAACAACACUGCUCUUUUGGCCGCUGGCUCUCUAGUUGCGGUUGUGGACAGUGUUGUAUCAGGCGAAAGUCAUCGUGGUGUUGCAGUGAUCCGUCCCCCUGGCCACCAUGCUGAGAGGAAUAAGCCUUAUGGCUUUUGCUUCUACAACAAUGUGGCUCUUGCUGCCAAACAUGCCAUCAACACUCAUGGAUUGCAGAGGAUAUUAAUCUUGGACUGGGAUGUCCAUCAUGGCAAUGGGAUCCAGCAUAUGUUUGAGUCAGACCCACAGGUCCUCUAUAUAUCAAUCCAUCGCUAUGAUAACGGAAAGUUCUUCCCCGGCACUUCCGCCGGUAACUACGAUAGGGUGGGCACCAAGGAAGGGAAAGGAUAUAACGUGAACAUUCCAUGGAAUAAGGGAGGGAUGGGUGAUGGUGACUACAUGGCAGCCAUGGUCCAGGUUGUGCUUCCUAUUGCUUACCAGUUCAAGCCCCAGCUGGUGCUGGUCUCAGCUGGAUUUGAUUGUGCUGUUGGAGAUCCUCUUGGUGGAUGCAAUGUGACACCAGAGUGUUUUGGACACAUGACGAAGAUGUUGACGUGCCUGGCAGAGGGUCGAGUCAUUAUCGCCCUGGAAGGUGGCUACAACCUGAACAGCAUCAGUUACUGCAUGACCAUGUGUGUCAAGGCUCUCCUGGGAGACCCUCUUCUCCCUCUAGCUCAAAAUUUAAUGCCUUGUACUAGUGCUAUAGAAUCACUGGCCAGUGUUGUUGAUGUACAUAGGAAGUUUUGGUCUGCACUAAAUUUCAAGGAUGAAGCUUUAUCGGCUGUGGGUCUGACUCCUACCUGCCCAAAACUGAAUGUCGCACAUUCACCCUCAAAGAAGAGUUCCGAAGGAACCUUUACAGGUUUGGAAGACUUGACUAACAGCUUCAGCCGAGUAAAGCUAGAAGAUACGAACACAGGCACAGCCACAGCAACAGCAGCCUUAGAUGAAACAAGUGUAACACUAGGGAGUAAGAAUCAGGAAGAAGACAUUGGUGCUGUGGGAGGAGCUUAUGGAAGUUCUGCAGUUAGCAACAUGAGUACCUUCCUGUUGUCUGACUUUGCUGCUGGAAAGCAAACGUAUGCAGUGGUGCCGAUUACAUGGUGCCCUCACCUUGAAGAGGUACAUCCUGUACCCAGUAGUGGGUUAAAGACAGGCAGUCCCUGCGAGGAGUGUCACGACCCCUCCGAGAACUGGGUUUGUCUCACUUGCUACAAGGUGUUGUGUGGAAGGUUCGUGAGCGAGCACAUGAUGCUACACGGACUCAUGCACGAACACAAGAUGGUGCUGAGCUUCACUGACCUGUCCGUUUGGUGCUAUGCCUGUGAUGUUUAUGUCCACCAUCCAAUCCUGGAGGAGGCAAAGCGUUCAGCUCACCUGGACAAGUUUGGGGAGGAUAUUCCUGGAUUUUCAUGAAGAUGUUUGUGACAAUAUAUAGGAAAAAAGUAUGUACAGUAUUUUAUAUUACUUCAAUACUUCAAAAUGUUGUUAAUUUAUCUAUAAGACUCAUUCAGUGUUUGAAAUAUGAGAUUAUUAUUAACUUGCAUUUCCUAUUUAAAUGCAUGGCAAAAACUACCCAUAUUUUUUCUGAACUGUUAUUUAGUCAGUAGAAGUGAUGUGUCAAAAUCUCUAAUAAUAAUUAGCUGCAAUAUUCUGAGUAAAUGAAUUAUUUGCUACCAAAAGUUCUUCACUAUUGUAUAACAAGAGUUGCACCAGUGUCAUCACAGCAGUUGUUCAUGGUGUUAGCCAUUAAACAAAAAAAUGAUGUUCAAAUAUAUUCAUUCAAGAAAAGUUGUUUCAGUGCUGACAGUACAGUCUAGUUUAAUUAUGUAAUUAAUUAUUACAUAAUUAAAAAAAAUGUACCACAAUGCACAUAAUGUACAUUUAGUGUACUGCAUAUAAAUGUAUAUUAUGUACAUUAUGCUAUAAUGUACAUUUAGUGUACUGCAUAUAAAUGUAUAUUAUGUACAUUAUGCUAUAAUGUACAUUAUAGCACCCUAUAAUGUACAUUAUAGCAUGCUUGAAAUGAUUGUAGAACAUUGCGUGUCCCGUAUUGGACUUUUUAUUGGACAUUUCAAAAUAUUUAUUGUAAUUUUUGUUUGGAGAAUUAAGCAGGUAUUUAGUUAGUAAUAUUAUAUUAAUAUUAUAUUUUAGAGAAAAAAGGUUUAUUAUUUAGCUUUAAUAUUUUAAUGAAAGGGUUAAUAUUUUAAUUUAAUAUUAUUAAUGGCAAGUUUUUAAUUAUGGUAUGUGGUAGAGCAUCUUUGAGCUUGUUGCUCACAGAUGCUCUACCUCUAUACCAUCUGAUGCUGGAGUAAGAGAGAGCACUUACACUACUUUGUAUCACCUGUGGGACUGCCAAGGAAUAUCCUCUUUAAUGAUGUUGGAGGUCAUUUUAGAGGCAUAAGAGGCUAAACACUAACAAUUAAAACAUAAAACAUUAACACUGUCCUUGCCCCAUAUGUUGCAGCUCUUAAUUACAUGUUGUAGUUAACUGGCCAAGCCAGCAUGCAAUAAUUUACGUGACGGCCUUUCCUCAUCUCUCUUGUUGUAACCAGUAAACUUUCACCUUCAGUCUAAGCUCAAAAUUUGAUUAAGCUGAGGUAACUUAUCAGGGUUACAGCUUGCACAUGAUUGGGAGAAUCAUGUUUUUAUAAUUUGCACCAAGUCAUCAGUGACCUUGUUAAAGAUAACUUAAUAUUACCCAAAAGCUAAUAAGACUUAAUGAAGAUUAUUCAAAGAUUUUUUAAACUGACUUAUAUUUCUUCAACUCAUUACAUGUAAAUAAAAUUUAAUAAGAUCCAAAAACCUGAUUAGGUACCUUAAACUGAAUGAUUGGUAUCCAUUAUUCAUAGUAUUCCACCGUGUAAACAGUGGCAACAAUUGGAUUAGUAACUAAACACUUGGGAUCGUCAUACUGCAUUUGAAUUACCGAUAUAUUUGAUAUUUCAAGAAAAUUUAGUUGAGCAUAACAAAUUUUUUUGCGGUGAUAAAUAUUAUUUAGCUCUCGGAGACUGCUCUUGGAAACAAAAUAUUAUUUUAAUAUUAAAUAAGAACAGGGUGUAUUUAUCUAUAGAUUAGAUAGUAUUAUUAUUUUUUUCAGACAAAAACACAUGGAAAGUUUCUUCUUAGGUAGACAAGUUGUAAAAGUAAUUUUUUUUUUUUUUACAAAAUACAAGACUGUAAAUACAGCUAUAAUGUAUAAGUGCUUGUAUAUGGUAGCUUAUUAUUUAAUUACUUCUGACUUAUUUAUUUCCACAGUAGUUUUAUUGUACAAAAUAGUAACUCAAAACAAAAACAAAGCUUUUAAUUCUUGAAGCUUUGAGUUUAUUUUACAAAGUCAUCAAUUACAUAAUUAUAUUAUUUUGUUAUUUGAGCAGACUUGAAGAUAAGGUGAUUAUAACUGACAUUGAAGAAAAAAGCUAAACAAUUUGCUAACCAUUUUUAUUUUAUCAACCUUUGCAUCAUAAUUUUAGCAAUGUGUAUAUUACUAUAAGAAUCACAUCACUAAUUUUGUAGCGUUCAUUAGUAGUAGGUGUUGCUACAUGUGUGCCAGAACAUGCUGGUUUACAUCUUAGUACUCUACCACUGUCCACAUAUUAGGCUCUCUGCCACAACAUUGGGCCGUCCCGUCCUCCUCUGUUUGAGGGAAUUGAACUUUUUUUUUUUUUUUUGCGGCAACCAACAUAUUCACAAAUUGUAGCAUAAGACUUGCAAGUAAAGUACCAUAUACAGUACCUGCUUCUUUGGGCUAUGUACCAAAACUAAUAUUGCAUUUUGGGUUUUAUUGUGACUAGUGAAUCACUGAUGGUUGGACUCAGAUUUCCAUUGGUGUCAGAUGUUGAUCAUCUUCAAAGGAUUUACUACCAACUAUCCUAACCACAUCUCGUAUAGUUUUUGGUUUAUAUUAAUUGGAUGUUUGAGGCCAGUAGGUACAAUAAUAAAUUGAAAGUGGAAUACAUAUCUUAAAGGUAUUUAUUGUACCACAUAAAAAUGGAACAUCUUACAAACUAUUCAUAUGGCUGAGGAGUGCUGUAGUUAAUUAAAACUGUUGAAAUGCUGAAGAUACUCGGUUUUUGUUUAUCUCUUAGAACAAAACUCUUAAUUAUGCCAAUCUGAAUUUAUUAAGCUACUGUAUACUGAAUCAAGGUAUUCAGAAUAUUAAAUUGCUUGGCAUAAAUAUUUUUGAUGACGGGGGGGGGAAUGACAAGUUCUUUUCUUUAUUAAUUGCAAUCAAAUUUCAUCAAACAAAAGCUUUUACUACACACACACAAUAAUGUGAUCAGCACAUCUUAUAUCACACUAUAAAUAUUGCAGUAGGCUUGUCAUUAAACAAAAACUGCAGUAAAAUCUUUUCUAAAGAAAAGAAAAGCACAAAUUAAAAAAAAUAGGUUCAGAAGUGUAAUGUUGAGAAAGUUGGUGUUACCUUAGAAUAAUAUUUCUGAUUCAGUAAUCAGAGCAAUAUUUAUAAUUAAACCAGAUUAUAACUAAUUAGUGUGGUUUAAACAUUUUUCAAUUACUGUUGCUGCAAGGUCUUUCACUUUACUAAUAAUAGAGUACAGGAUUGCCUACACAGGCAAUUUGAUAUUUAAACUAUACAAGUUCAGAGUAUAGAAUCCAGACUUGUAAUAUGUAUUUGACAGGACAAGGUCAAAUUUGACAAGGACAAGACUAGAUUGUUAAAACUAAACAUAGCAGUUCCUGGUUUAACACAGGAAAAUACUUUAAUCAACUAAUAAAAUUACUUAAUAAAUAGACCUUUUGAAUCUCAGGUUUUACUUUUGAAUGUGUAUAAGUUUAGUCUGCUUUAUAGCCAGAUGUAACGAGGAUUAUAAAGUAUUGUGUUACAAACAGCCUUAUGUAAUGUAAGUUUAGAACUAUGCCUCAUGUUGUGGUUCCUCAAUGUUUGAUUUCAACUACAUUACUACUAGUGACUAUUCUAUAGACUAAGUAUAAUGUAAGCUUUUUAUUGUAUGAAGUUCGUAUAUCACUAUGCUUGAGAAUUACUGUGGUCAUAUUCUGUGUAAACUGGUAUUGCUGCAAUUUAAUUUUCAUAAUUGUUCGUUCAAGUAAAUUUUGAACAAAUUCUUAGGCAAAACAAAAAAAAGCCCAGUACUUUGUGGAUUGAAUACUUAUGAGAUUCAUGGCAGUAUUUUUCUUUAACUGCCCAAAUAAUUAUCAUUAAAUGUAAAUAUCAUAAAUACAGCAUUCUUUGUAAAAAAAAACUAUCGUUGCUUUAUUUUCAGAACAAAUCGGCAUUAAGGAAUUUGUAAUUUCCAUGUACUAGUCUUUAAAAAAAAUGUGUAGAGGAGUUUGCAAUUGGUUUGACGAUUGGAUUAGAAUCCAAAGACUUGAAAUACUAAAAAAAUAUUUUUGUCACUAAGCACUACUGUAUAUAUUAAAAAUAUUUGAUCUAAAUCUAACACUGUAUAUGACAGUAACCUCGGAUGUUUAGUCUAAAAUUUAUCUGCAAGCUGCUUAAAUAGAAAAGUUAGCAGCAAUUACCAUGUUUGAAACAUUACAAUGGCAGGACUUCAAUGCAUAAAUGUUCAAUUGCAAGUAAACUUACUUAGUUACCUUAGAUUGAUAAUGCAUUACUUGGGAAAUAUUUUGCUUACUAAACUUACUCUGCUGGCAGAUAGCACUAGUAUUGCUCAACUCAUAUUUUAACCAAAUGACUAAACCAAAGGGCAAAAAACAGGCAAUGUAAUUUACUCAAGUUAUCUUAUUUUUUAAGGUCAUAUUUACAGUAUGCUGUUAUUCUUUAGAUAAGAGGAAACUUAGUGUUAUCAUACAUUUUAGUUUUCAUUAUAUGUAUAUAAAUUACACAACUUGCAUUUCAGAUGUGUAUAUUCUUUCCAUAUGGCAGCCAUGCAUUUCCAGUGACAUGAUUUAUAUUACUUUUUUAACUCAUUUAAAAAAUAUAUAUAAAUGCUAUGCCAUGUACCUGAAGAAAUCAACUGUACUGCAAUAUAUAUUCCAUAAUACAAAUUGCCUUUGUUAGUUUUUAAUAAACCUGAGCAGCUGGAUCCACUAGUUACACUGUACCAAUUAUAGACAAAAUGCUGUAGAAAUGGGGAUGUAGUAAUGCAUAUUUAGCUUCAUUCAAGGAAGAUUUCAUUGUAUGAACAAAACAAAUAUAGUUAUGAUAUAUGCAAGGAUUUCCCAGUUAUGCUUUAAUUAUUUUAACCCCCUUCAGCAAUUUUAUCCAAAACAGGAUCAAACUGCACAAAGUAAAAAAAAAAAAAACUUACUAUUACUGCUUAAAUCAUUGCAAUGCCUUACCAAGAGGUAAACGCAUAAAAUCUUUUAAUAUGUAACUCAAGUAAUUAUAUUAAGUCAGUUGAUUUAUGAAUGGGAUUAAUUUCACAUGGCUACAAUUUAUACUUCAAUUGGGGUUAUGUGUAUACUGUUAUGCAGUAUCCGACCUCAUUAAUAAAACUGUACUAAUGUCCAUUUCUCAUUGCUAAUGUAACAUUAAAUUGCAUGAUGUAGGCUACAGAGAAUGUUUUAACAACCAUUAGAUAAUGCAGAAUUAAAGUGCAGUGCUCUUAAGAGGAACCGUCUGUUUGGGUUAUCAUUGCAAAAUGUAUCUGAUCAGUUUAAGAAAUUAUACAAUCUAAUUUGCAGAAGCGAAUCAAAGAUGGUCAUUCAAAUUGUUCUUUUAAGUAUCUUAGGAUCUGGUUUUGGGGAAAAGAAAAGGAUUUCCAUGAACUGGUUAGCAAAACGUUCAUUAAACAUGGCAAAGUGUAUUUCAGAAAAUGUACCAAAACAUUUUCAAAUUUAUAUUGUCAUAAAUUAUUCAAACCAUGUAUUUAUUAUAAAGGUACUGUAUUAUAAAAUGCACUGCCCUUGAUAGGUGGUGUCAUUAUAAAAAAGUUGUUAGUACUGUAACCUUUUAUUCAAUCUAGUUACAUUGACACCGGGUUCUAACUACAUAAUGUAUACAUAUUCAUAUUUUGCAAUAGUAACAAAUGAAUGAUAACAUACGUUCUUAAAUUUUUUUUCCCCGAUAUUAAGUGUUUGAAGCAGCCAAGAUAAUAUUUUCUCCCAUAUGAAGAAAAUGCAACCUUUUCAUGCUGAGUAUUUAGUCAUUUUAAUAACCUACAUGUUUAGCAUAUACUGUACUUACUAGAGAGGAGCUUAAGAUCGACAUUCGUAGUCCCAUGUAAUUGGCUAUUGUUUCCAAGCCAGAUCAAAUUGUUUUAAUAUUACCAAUUUUUUUUUUUGUCAAAAACCUUUUGUUUUAAAGAAAUAAUUUAUUACUGUCCAUAAUGUAAGUGCAAAGGAGUUAUUUAUUUUCUCCAAUAUUUGGUGAACAUCAUUUACUGGAAAUAAACACUUGCCUGUU